UCAAAGGGAGCUCAAAGUUUUCCUAUAAUUUUCCUGGAAAGUUCACCCAAAGGUCUGGACAGUUCGUUCUAUUAAAAUUGCAGGUUGGAAAUCCAUCAUGCGAAUGCCAUAUGGGGUGCCGAAGCCUUUGGAUACACCUAACGAAGAAAUGAGAGGCUUGGAAACAUGGCGAGAACUGCCGCCGACGCACUACAUACUAAAAAUCGAGUCCUUCACUUCCCUUGUGCGCAUCCUCAAGAAAACUAGUCUUGACCAUUAUGAAUCAAAAGAGUUCAAGGCUAGUGGCCACAAUUGGAUGUUGUUACUAUACCCUUGGGGAGACGAGAAAAGAAAUGGAAGCCAUCAUAUCUCUCUCUACUUGAAAUCAAUGGAGUACUAUAAAGUCGAGAUUAAUGCUCUUGUAAUCUUUUUUGUAUAUGACCAACUUAAGGAUAAGUACUGGAGCAUUCAAGACAAGACAGCAAGGAACUUUCAUGGCCAGGACGAAAGUGGAGUUUCCCAACUAGUGUCCCUCAAGCGUUUCGAAGAUGCUUCAAAUGGAUUCCUGGUUAAUGAUAGCUGUGUGUUUGGAGUGGAGGUUUUUGCUAUACGCAGUGGGAAUAAAGGGGAACGUUUCCGCACCCUACGCGAACAAAGUAAAAGCGUCUACAUUUGGACCGUGCAAAAGUUUUCUGAGUUGAAGGCAACAGGCCAUUUUUCAGAACCCUUCUCUGUUGGGGGCUUCAAAUGGAGAUUACACCUUUAUCCCGAGGGUAUCCCUAAGGCAAAGGGCAAGUAUCUGUCUAUUUACCUAUGUCUACACGAGGAGUCCGAAUCUCCUCCUGGUUCUGAAAAGAAAAAGCAGUAUGAAUCCCAACUUCCUUCUGGAAAGAGAAUGCACGUUGAAUUUAAGCUGUCUAUAAAUAAUCAAGUCAAAGAUAAAGAACCUAAGAAACUAUCAGAAAUAGGGAAAGUUUGGUUUAGUGCCGUAGAGACUGCUUGGGGCUUCCCAUACUUCGCUCAUUUGGAUUAUCUAAGAUGGAGAAGGAGUGACUUUAUUUAUAAGGAUGCUCUGCUAAUUGAAUUGCAAAUUAUUUCCAUGUCCCUGGAUACUUCCCUAUCUCCUCCAUAGAAAAUUGAUAACCCAUCACAUGAUCCUGGAAUAUAUGAAUGAUACUGCCGGAGCAGGAGAUGAGAUGGAUAUUGACGUUCCAAGACAAAUACCUGAAUAAAGAUUUUUCGCUUAAUCAUCAAAAGAUGUCAACUAGUUUUAUGUUUAGACAUUGUUAUACAAACCAUUCCAAUAUUCAAUUUAGCAAU